AUGGUUUACGCCUGUAUAUGUUCCCUCCUUGCAGCUUUUUCCGUGCGUGCUGAAGCCGCAGCAGACGCCCCCGUGUGCGUUGUCACUGGUGCUUCUCGCGGUAUCGGCCGGGCUAUUGCUCUUGCCUUCGGCAAGGCUGGUUGCAAGGUGGUGAUCAACUACAUCCUUAGCCCAGAACCAGCCGAAGAGCUCGCCGCAGAGAUUGAGGCUGCAGGAGGCUCCGCCUUUCUUUACAAUGCUGACGUCACCAGCGACGAACAGAUCGACGCCAUGUACAAAGCGAUUCUGGAGAAGUGGGGCACUGUUGACGUGCUCGUGAAUAACGCUGGCAUCACGCGCGACACGCUGCUGACGCGCAUGACCAUGAAGCAAUGGGACGACGUGAUCAACAUCAACCUCACGUCCGUCUUCCGCUGCACGCAGGGCGCCGUCAAGAUCAUGAUGAAGAAGAGAAAGGGUCGCAUUGUCAACAUUGCGUCGGUUGUCGGAGUCACUGGAAAUGCUGGCCAAGCCAACUAUUCCGCCUCCAAGGCUGGUGUCAUUGGCUUCACUAAGACUAUUGCUCGCGAGUACUCUGGCCGUAACAUCAUCGCCAAUGCCAUUGCUCCGGGCUUCAUUGCCUCGGAUAUGACAGCGGGACUCGGCCCUGAGAUUGAGAAGAAGAUUCUUGCUGGCAUUCCCCUUGGCCGUCUGGGAACGCCUGACGAGGUGGCAGGCCUGGUCAAGUUCCUUGCUCUCGACCCCGCUUCAGCUUACAUCACUGGGCAGGUGGUCCACAUCGAUGGUGGUAUGGUGAUGUGA